CCCAAACCACAUUUAUUUCACUCAACAAAACACUGUCAAUGGCCGCCUCUCUCUUUCAAUUCUCAAUCCAUUGUUUCGUCUGAGAUUUCUCCUUCCUCAACCCUCUUCUCCAUAACCAAGUUCCUUCCUUCAACUUCACUUUCACUCCCUUUUUCCCUUUAGAGCUUCGGGGUUUUCGUAUUUUUUUUACAGGAUAUUAUGACAAGCUUUGUACCGACUCAUCGUUGUAAUUUGUCGGUUGGGGUUUCGGAACACGUUUGCAGCCGCAGGGAAAGGUUUCAUAAGCUUACGAGACUGAGAUGUUGUGGUCCGCGUUUUCGUCUCGGUGGGUUUGGUUUUUCAGCUCCGCGGAGUCGUCGGAGAUUUGCUCCGAUCUUUUCUAGCACCGUGGAUGAUGGCGGCGACGAAUCGGAUGAUCCCGAGGAAGGGAAUGAUCAGAAAGAAUCUUCACAAGGGGGGAAUGAAGGAUUGUCUCAGAAAAACAGUGAUAUGCUUCGGGAAAACCUUGAACGAAUAGUUGGCGCGGACGAUUCUACUUUUAGUGGCUUAGACUUGGCAACUCUUAUUAGGAACAAAUAUGGCAGGUCCUAUGAUGUUCAAUUGAUAAAGAAGGAGUUCAUGGGAAGAAAUCUCCUUGCACUGAAUGUCAUGUGGAAGUACAUGGAGCAGAGAUCAUUUCCCUUAACUGAAGAAGAAUAUCUUCUAAGGCUUGACGAUGUGGCAAACACGUUAAAAUGUUGGGGAGCAGUCUCGCAUAUUCGAAACAGCUUGGCAAAGUUGAAAGAACGGCCUCGAAUAGGGAAGGCAGUGAGCAUAUUUAUCGACAUGGACGAGUCAGGAGGUCGUGCGAAUGAAUGGAUUUACAAGUAGUCAAGAUUGUUCAGCAAUCAUAG